GAGUUUUUCUUUCCCUCUCCCCGAAAUUUUUGCCGCCGAUUCCACCCCUUUACCUUCUCGAUCCCUAAGCAUUUCCGUCCAACCUACGAUCUCUUCAUCUACUUCACGUUUUUCUUUCUUGAUCUCUUCUCGAUCCCACCUCGCUGCCACCAAAAUCCACCCAACUUCCCCGACGAGCUCUUCUUCAUCCUGUAAGAGGAAGGCAGAAUGAAUCUGCACUUCUUUUGUUUUCUCCUCUUCUUCAUCCUGGAAGAGGAUGUGAAGGGCUUAGGGUGUCUCAGAUCUCAGCGGUGACUCGUCUCCUUGCUUGUGCUUGGUCCCUCUUCGCCAAAACCUCUUCCCUCCUCGUUGGUCUUCUUCCUCGUCCGAAGGGUGUCGUGAUCGGUGUGUGAUGACGACAGGUGAGGCGACGGCAUCUCCGAAGGUGGGCAUCGCGUUCUCCAACCGCCUCCGGCACGUGGAAUCCUUGUCCCUGCACCCCUCGGGCGCUGGUCGGAUCUCACACCUUAACGCCGUCAUCCUCGGUGAGUCCCUAGAAUGAGGAGAACGACCUCAUCUUCCCCUCACAAGAAUUUUCUAGCCAGGCCCUCGUCUCCUCUCCCGAACAGGUGCGUGCUGCUUGUACUUGAACUCUUCGGUUCGAGCUUUCUUGGGCUAAUUCCAUUUUAUGGGCUUGAAGGUUCCUCCUUUGUUGGGCAUUCCAUUGUUUUUGUAAGUAAGUUUUGUCUUUGUUUAGGUUUAUGUAAGUUUUAUUCUUUUGUGGAAACUUGUAGAUUGUGAUAUUUGCUAUUGUACAGAACUAGUUGUGUGCUUUUUUUCCCGAUUCGGAAGAAUGCGAAAACUUUAAAAUGGAACGUUGUUUAGUUUCUUGGAUAAACUUGUUUUGCCUUUUUUUUCUCAACAUUAAUAUCAUGUAUCUUCAGUAUCGAAACAUGUACAGAAAUUGAUAGAGGAUCCAGCUGGUUCUGGUCAGAGACCGCUUCCUAGUUCUACUGGAAGGAGAAGUGAAAUCUGGAGGUUUAGACCGAAAACAUUGUUGUGAGGAAGGGAACUGUCAAAUUCGAGUUGCACGAACUAAAAAUUACAGUGGCGCUAAACUGGAAGGUGUUGUUAGAAGUGUUGUCUCAUAUGCCUUGAAUCGACAGAUAAGCUUCGAUGAUUUGACCAAGCCCUUGGAUGAGGAGAGCAUAAAAGUCACUAUGGAUGAUUUUUUGAAUGCUCUUCAUGAGGUUGGACAGCUUUUGGUGCAUCAAUGGAUGAUCUUGAACGACGCAGGUAUGUUCAAGUUUGACAUUGUCUCGGUUGAAGCUGAUUCCACAUCCUUGAAAGCAAUUCUACUUGGGGAUGUUCAGGAGGGCCUACAGAUUUUUGUGCUCUGAAUUUUCUUAAUGUUACAUAAUGUGGCAUUAUCUUUAUUGUGCAAAUGGCUUUCAAGCUUAAUGGGAUUAUCGAUUGUGGUGAGAGGCACAAACACAUCCAUGAGAGAGCCCUGCUUCUUGUGGAGCAAAUCAAAGACAAUCAGAGCCCACUUGUUACAUACCUUCUGGAAGUGGCAAAACUUCAAUGGCAGCUACAAUUGGUAUAGAGAGUGAUUUCCCAUAUGUCAAGAUGAAAGCAUGAUUGGUCUCGGUGAAGCAACUAAAUGUACACAAAUUGUCAAGGCAUGCAGUAGUGAUGAAGAUGGUUUGCUUGGUUUUGACGUACAUAGUGAUGGCCAUGGCCAAAGGCAACUAACUGUUCUAGCAAGAGAUGAGCGAAUGGAGAUCACCUCAAGCAUGAAUGGUUAUUGCGUCUCAAGACUAGCUCGAGGUGACAACAUCCCCUCAGACAUCAUGGCUUCUAAUCUAGGAAUCAAGCAAUACGUGCCGGCGUAUCUCGGAACUGAGCUCAGCGCGUUCGAUAUCCUCACCGGCGUAAGCUUUGCCUCCGGUGGCUCGGGAUACGACCCCCUCACCAGUGAACUAGUGCAAGCCAUAUCGAUGACUCAGCAACUGAAUUUGUUCAAGGAGUACAAGCAAAAGCUGAAAGAGAUUGCAGGAGAGAAAAGAGCAAAUGCCAUAAUCUCCAAGAGCCUCUACUCUGUGAUCACGGGGACUGAUGACCUAGCCAACACAUAUUUUUCAACCCCUUUUCGAAGCGUAGAGUAUGAUCUUCCUUCCUACAUCAAAUUUGUGGUGCAAUGUGCUUCGAGUUUCUUGCAGGAACUUUACCAUUUGGGGGCUCGAAAGGUGGCCGUCGCCGGAGUUUCUCCGAUUGGAUGUCUACCGUCACAAAGGAGCUUAGCCGGAGGAAUCGAAAGAGAAUGCGUCACUCGCUACAACGAAGCUGCCCUCAUGCUCAACUCUGUUCUAGCAAAAGAGAUCCAGAGGCUGAAUUAUACUCUGCCGGGAUCGGAGUUUCUUUUCGUCGAUAUGUAUGACACUUUGCUCGAUAUGAUACAGCACCCAAAUGCUUACGGGUUCGAAGAGGUCGCGAAGGGAUGCUGUGGCACAGGGAUCUUUGAGGUCACGCUGACUUGCAACAGAUUCACAGCGGGAGUCUGUGAAGAUGUUUCAAAGUACCUAUUUUGGGAUGUCUAUCAUCCAACAGAAAGAGGCUACGAGAUCAUGAUACAAAAACUUCAAACAAAGUAUAGUCCAUUCUUUAACUGAAAGCCAGUGAUUAGUCAUGCAUGGACACAAUUAUACAAAUGUAUCAUCUUUACUAAAAAAUAUUAUGAUGGCAAUCUUCUCUGUCUCU